GCUAGGUAGACGCACGCAUGCUGCAUGCACAAGCAGCCAAUCCAACGGCCGACAAGACAAGUUGUAGCACAGCGGUGACAGCACAGCGUUAGGUUGGUCAGGCCAGACGAGAUCGACAGCGAAUCGGUUCCAAACAAAACAUUGGAACAGCAAUCAACCCACAAGAUUCGGCGCUGCUCGAAGCCAGGCGCCUACAGCCCAAGAAAGCAUCCAAGUUCAGAGCCAGUCACCGCGCGUUGCUCUUUUACGCCAGCCCCGGAUUGACUUUACCCCCAAGUCCAUCAAUCUCGUGGCUCAAUUGGCAUAAUUCAUAAUUCGCCGGAUCGAAUCGAAUCGCUCCCGCCCAAAAGAAAAAGAAAGGAAAGAAAAAAAUACGAAAGGGAACAAGGCAGGGCAUCGGGGAAAACAGGAAAUUUCUGCCAGUCAUAAAAAGACGGAGAAAGAAAGCCAACACGGAACACUCCUCAACUGUGCCGCUCUUGCCUUCUUUUUUGCCUAUCCCCAACGCCCCACGAGGGCUGCGCAUCCUGCCGUCGAGGCCGCUCGGCCACCCUGAUCGAAACCCGUGAUUUGCCCUCCUUCUGAUACAUCAUGGAUCGAACAGGCGAUAGGCCAGCCCUCAGUCUCUCCAACGGUGGCAGAGGGCUACCCGAGAAUCCUGCCCAGGGUCGAAGGAACAUGACGAACGGUGGCGCCAAUGGCGGCGGCUCGCUCAACAGUCUGCCUCCAAUGCCCACCGCCAUCCCCGCCAACGUUCGCAGCAUGUCUUCCACCUCGUCUUCGACUCUCUCCGCGAAUCCUCCCGUUUCCGCCGGUCAGGUCAUAGGCAUGGCGCGUCGAGCCAUGGCCGAAGCCCUCAAGGAGCACGAGUCUCAGGCAGCAGAGGCCAGCGGGGUCAGCAACGAGUUGAAGCCCGGUGUCACCAUUGACUUGAGUCGCAAAAACAUACAGGAGCUUCCGGAAGAGAUUGUUGACGUGAUCAAACACGAACUUGAGCGACUAGCACUUUCUCAUAACAAAAUAUCGUCGUUCCCCGCCCGUUGGUCCGAAUGCUCCUCCUUGCGCUACCUAAACGUUCGGAACAAUGAGCUUCGGGAGUUCCCCCUACCGCUGUGCCAUCUCAAAAGCCUCGAGAUUCUCGAUCUGGGGCGUAACAAGAUCCGAUCGCUCCCCCCUGAAAUCGUCAAAUUGACUUCGUUGAAGGUCUUUGCAGUUCAAAAGAACCGUAUCGAAGAGUUGCCCAUUUGCCUGGCGGACAUGGGCUCACUGCAAAUGAUUAAGCUGGAAGGCAAUCCUAUUCGAUUUCCACCUCCCGAAGUUCUGCAGGUGCAGGCAGCAAGUCCUCCCAACGAGGGGCAUUUGAAAGAAAGUGAAGUCACAGAGUUAACGGUCACGGCCCACAUCAAAAAGUUCAUGAAGCAGAGAGCUUUGGAGCUCACCAGUAGCAGAUCGGACUCUGAGAUGGGCAUGGACGAAUCGAACGAAGGCAUGGAAACCCCAAGAGUUCCGAUCAAACGCGUUGUCAGUGGGAGAUUUCCCGUAAGGGUCAAUGGUGCCGGCUUGCCAGACCUCAGAUCACCUGCUUUUGCGCGGCCCGGACCACCCCCGAUCCCUACGCGCUCCCACUACCGCGGGCUAUCUCAACAGAACACUGCUCCAAGGAAGCCUGGGGUUAUGCCCUUGACCAUCGGCAAUGUCAAUGAGCGCAUGCGAAGCAACUCGGAAACUUUAUCACAAACCCCUCGAGCAGAUAGGCCUGGCGAACGUUCUCGGCGGAUGGGCGUCGUCUCACAAAAAGCCCAGCAGCUCGGAACACUUGACGAGACUCAAGCUAAUAACCGGUUUUCGCACUACCGUGGCCUCAGUCACGGCUCGGCGAUGCAAGGGAAUGGCCAAAUGCUUAAUGGCAAGAUGCCCGUCAGCCCUGCCGAAUCUAUACUCCAGCGGCCGAUAUACGUGCGUCGAUUGUCCAUUUUGCCCGAAAGAAGGCGCGAGUCCAAGUUUGUCGAUCCGGUGCUAGAGGCCGCUAAGGGCGUUCUCUACUCCAUUUUCCAGAUCCAUCCCAUGAUCCAGAUGCUCAUGGGAUUGACGAGCGACGGGCUAGCUAAGCGCUCCAGUCUUGAGAUCGUCUUUUACAAUACCAACUCUCAUGUGGAGGAGCUCGAGCAGGAAAUUCAACGUCACGAGGCUGAUGAGGACGGAGCAUCCCAAUUUGAAAAUGAGAACGUGAUGCGCGCGUGCAUCACCUUGGUGAACGCUUACGUGCACGUUUGCUCACUGCUUGCGAGCAAUGUCGACCUUUUCAUAGACAACGGUGACCCGCGAUAUAUUCGAACCUUGAUGAUGCAGCUCUACAAUAGCAUCACAGAGCUACGAGUGACGACAUCGCACGUGCUGCCGGAAGAGGGACACCGUAGAGCCGCCAGCCGCACGGCUAUGAACUCUGGAACCAUCCGCCCACGUUCGCGCGAAAACACCGCCACCCCGACGGCAGAGAGGCCAAACGGAAUCCCCCGGAGUGUGGCCCGCGGCAACUUGACCCAUAACCCGAGCAACCUCAGGGUUACUACUGACGUUCCGCUUUCCAGCAUUCCGUACGUCAACGGGACUGGUCGCACGGCCACCAUUUCCUCAGCCACGCCCCGGUCGGGGGAGUCGUUUGUCUCCACGGGCAGCCGUGGUCUGUCGGGCGACUUCACCGAGGAGGAUCGCAUCUUUGAAAACAUAUUCUUGGCCCUGCAGAAGUCAACCGAUCUGGUAGUGCGGCUGUUGCCAGCGUUCAACCACCAAUAUACCAACGGUCUGCAAGCGGCUAUACAGCACCGCAACACUCGAGAGUCGCAGAUGUGGAAGUCAUUGAUAUCUAAGUGCUCAAUGACGAUCCAACAGACCGAGAAGCUCAAGACGCGUCUUUCGCUGAUCAAGCUGAAAGAGCCCGGGAUCAGGACUCAGGGCUCUUUCUGGAAUGACGUACGUGACUUUGUGGACUCUUGGGCGGAGUUUGGCAGCAAAGUCAGGGAGGUCGAAAAACCACUAUCGCUACCGGCCGACACGAGGAUGCGCUUACGACCAUUCCAGAAGAGUAUCCAGGAGGCAUCAAGUCUUAUACUACGCUCGCCGUGGGGCUACUGGCUUCGGCCGGGCCUGGCAACGUCGCACCAAACCGGUAAUGGAGGCGGCAUUUUUAGCCCAGGCGGUGCCGUGGAGUCUCACAAUUCUACGGGUUUGAACGGUGACCGACAGUAUCAGCAAAACGGGCAAUACGGAAACCCAAGCCACAACCAUCUCCAUCACAACCCCCACAUACAGCUUCCAAUGACACCUCAGAGCGCUGCAUUGGGUCCUGCGGCCCAAGCUACAGUGCCGGCAACCCCACAGAGCGGUUCUUUCGCUGCAGCGCUGACCGGCAACGUAUUUGAGCGGGCGGAUGCACUCAUGUCUCAGGGUGGCCCGUCAUCUAUACACUCGCACUCUCGCCACGGAACCUUCACUUCCUCUACGUCAGGUUCUUCCGGCGGAAUGAGUGGUAGCUUCAAUUCGAUUAGCAGCACUCUAUCAUCAGCGACUAGCUACAACGAUGACAGGAUGGGAGGUCACUCGGCUUCUUCAUCUUCGUCCGUCAUAAGCCCGGGCGGCCUAGGAGGCGGCCCUGGACCAAUGGCCUCUGCCUUCCCGUUCCGCAUGCAAAAUGGCGGUGGGAGGGUGGCGUUGUAGCCAAAAUGCACCUCGUCUUGAAAUGAAACUUCCUAGCAACCAUCUGUACAACAUAUGUAUACGACCUCAAGCUGAUAGAUGGACUUACUUGCCAUGAAACUUUGGCUUCUCGCAUAUCUCUUUUGCAUUUUAUAUCUCAUCUCGACCUGCUCUUUAGCCCCCUGGUCUCACUGGGAAGGGCUAUCGUUUUGACAAGAUCUUUGUGGCAUAUCUUAUUUUCUUGGACAAAAAUUCCCGUCAUUUCCAUUAUCUUUUUGCCACCGACUGCAUAUCCAUCAAAUCUGGGGAACUUCUCCAGUAUUUUUUUGCGUGUUUGUUUACCGCUUUUACCUGCCCGUCUAAAUCAUAAUGUGUGCAAUCUAUAAAGGUUGGCUCUUGUUUAUUUGCUUUAUUCAUUUCGCAGCCCGAAAGGUCUUGAAGCUCUUCCAUGUUGGUGGCGCUGGCCUUCAGUAAUCGUUGCUUGGGGUAAUCAUGGGCAAGCUUGGAGUUUCAGGAACAUGAUGUAUUUCCCGUUCAUUUGCAUUGCGCCAGGCGUUUGGGGAAGUGGAAAAAACACUUGAUUGCAAUUAUGCAAAGACUCUCUUCUUGUUUAAUUAAAAGUAGUAUGCGCGGGCGAUUCAUCGACUAUUUGCAUACAAAUUUCACAACCAAGAGUGAUAUUGUGACUGCGGCAAGUGCACAUAUUUAAUGU